CAUGCUUCUCAGCAGGACUUCAUAUUACUAUAUGCUUUUAGCACAGGAAACGGUUUCAGAUUUGCUGAAUUAUACUUCUUUUAUACUCUUUUUUUCCCUUUUAUACACAUACAUAGGUAUCAGAAAAACAUAUCCUUAUAUUAGGGAUACAUAUGCCCAGUGACUACUUAUAUUUAGUCCUGAUAGCCAGAUGAGUGUCAAACAAUUUGUAGCAGCCAUGGAGCAGUUCUUCUGUCUUCUCAUUGCCCUGAUUGCAUCUUCAUCCAUCAUCUCAGCAGGAAAGGACACAAACAUCUUAACCCCAAGUACGGCACCUUCAAACAUAGCCACUUUGUCUCCAUUGCCCACUAUUUCAAGCACUGGAGGAAUGACAGUGGGGACAGCAACACCAACACAGACACCAGACGACAGCCUCACUAUGCUUGCUUUUGGUGUGAUGGGUUUCAUACUCAUUUUAAUCGUUGUCAUGGUGAUCUUGGUUACCACUAUCAAUGUCAGGGGACGGUGUCGACACACAAAUCAGCAGGAGGGUGGGUUUCUCUCUCUUCCUGUCAGUUUCAAGAUAAAUUUACACAUGACUACAAAUCUAGCAUAUAAUUUUAAAUGUUUCUUUAUAGGUAUUAAAAGUUAUAACUCUGUGGUGUCUGACAGCAACAUGACCAACAACUGUGAGAAAGAGAGCAUCACUCUAGUUUCUGUGAGGACAAUAAACCCAGACAAUGACACAGAUUCACCCCAGCUUUCUUCAGUUCGUAGCACUAUAGUAGACAAUGAAGAUCAAGAUCUCAACAGGGACCUGCUGAGCAUCAAAGGCGGGCCUUGAAUUCACUUAAUUCACACAAAGACAACAGAUUAUUUUAGAUAUUUAUAAUGUUGAAUGUACUGUAUGUGAAAAACAUUCCUAAAAAUGUGACCCAUAAUAAUGCCCUCAUAAAUAUAUCAUGCCCAGACCUUCAUUAUUAAAUAAACUGUCUGUUCAAAGUUUCUCAGAUUACAGUGCAUUUGUUUCUAAUGUCAAUUAUUAAUACACAUUAAUAAAUAGCUUUAUGCAUGUAGCAGAAUACACAUGUGUUGGGAAGACAGAAAAUGUUGCUUUUG